UGGAAUUCACGGCAGCGACGCCGACAGGAUACCACCGGGUGUUCACCAAUGAAUGCAGGGCGUCACCCUCAGGCACAAUACCGUGGCACCAACAGCACCAGGAAACGACACUGCGGCGGCACGUCAAAGGAGAAUUUCCGUCGCGCGAACACCUCCAGGACGUCCAGCGACUUGAGCGGCAGCCAUGGGACUCGACUUCCUGGCAGACGGAGGUGCCGACUUCGAGCAUGCAAUCACCGUAACAGGUUUUGGAAAAUUUCACUAUAUGUUAUUGAUGAUCUGCGGACUGAUCUAUAUGGACACAGCCAUCGGCGUGACAAUACUUUCAUUCGUACUCCCAGCAGCACAAUGCGACUUAGAGAUGGAUUCCAGUGCGAAGGGUUGGCUAACGGCCUCUCCCAUGCUAGGUAUGCUGAUUGGAUCGUAUAUAUGGGGAUGCCUGGCUGACACGAAGGGUAGGAAGAUUGUAUUAAUAGCCACGCUUCUAAUGGACGGCAUUGUGGGCAUCUUGUCCUCGUUUGUCCAAUACUUUUGGGUGUUCCUUCUCUUCCGGUUUUUCAACGGCUUCGCUGUGACUGGCGCCAUGGGUAUUUGCUUUCCAUAUCUCGGCGAGUUUCAACCCACGAAAUAUCGCGAACGCUGUCUUUGUUGGAUGGAAAUGUUCUGGACGGUCGGUGUAAUAGUCUUGCCAUUGAUCGCCUGGUUGAUUAUACCGCUGAAUUUCACGUAUGUGAGCAACAUGUUUUAUUUCAAGACAUGGAAUCUUUUCGUGGCGCUCUGCGCCUUGCCGUCGCUUAUGCUCGGUCUCUGGCUUUUCGCCUUUCCGGAAAGUCCGAAAUUUCUGCUGGAAUGCGGCGAGACCGAGGCCGCUCUUGAAGUGUUCAAAUGGAUCUACUCACAAAACACUGGCGCUGAUCCUGAUACAUAUCCGGUGAAAUGUCUACAAGAAAAGACAAAAGAUAAGAGUACCAGGUCGUUAAAAUUGCACAAACGGAAAGAUCUGAAGGUUCUCUUCACAGAAAUACGAGAACUAACGAGCGCGCUCUGUAAGCCACCCUAUUUGCGUAAUACAUUGCUCGCCUGUGCCAUUCAAUUCGGACUCACCAGCAGUUAUUACACUUUGAUGGUCUGGUUUCCGGAAUUGUUCACCAGGUUCGAAGAGUUUGAGCAUAUGAAUCCAGGUGAGACCACAUCGGUAUGUAUCGUCUCUGCUCUGCCAGAUAACGCCACUCUCGUGGACCCUUACGGAUGUGAUAUGACAAUCGCACCGUCCGUUUACUUGCACACCGUAUACAUUGGGCUCGCAUGUAUCCCGGGUUCCGUCAUUCUACCUCUUUUCGUGCACAAAUUGGGAGCCAAAUUCUUCUUAAUCGUGUCGCUGGUGGUUUCCGGAGCAGUGACGGUGGGUUUUUACUAUGUAGUAAACUCAAUGCAGAAUUUAUGGCUUUCGUGCGUAUUCGAAGCGCUCACGUCCCUCGGGAUCUCUCUAGUUUAUUGCGUGAUCGUCGACAUGUUCCCGACGAAUCUCAGAGUGAUGGCCGCGGCUUUAUCAUUGACGAUGGGCCGACUAGGAGCUUUGGUUGGCAACUUGGUGUUCGGUUAUCUGAUCGAUUUAGCCUGCGUAAUUCCUAUUGUAUUAUUCGCUACGUUUUUGUUUGCAUGUGGCUUCAUGUCGUUUCUGUUACCAAGAACUGGGAAAGAAACAUUGGAAUAAAAUUGAAGGGAGGAAGAGGUUGUUCUGUUUCUGUUCAUUCAAGCAACUCGAGAAAUUUGCACCUGGAUCACUCAUCGUUAUAUUUAUUAAUAAACUUAUUUGUAAAAAUUGUGCGAGACCAUUUACGUUUUAUCCCUGAUGAUAAACCUCUGAUUUAUC